CAAUUAAUCACAGAAGUCUCAGUUCGCAGUAUUCAGUUUAAUAUGACGCUAGCACGAGUGUAGUCUAAGGUUGGGUUAAUACGUUUUUUAAUAUAAUAUUGACACUUUUAUUUAUAGAGUUGAAUACUUACACAUUGAAAUUAACAGAAUAAAUUAAGUACUUAAAGAUUUUUUUUUUUUGUAAAUUACCUGUAGUAAAUAUUGUCUUGCAGAAAUAAUCUGUAAGACUGAAUAAAUAUUUUCAAUUUAAAGAAUGGACGUAACUAGUAGAAUCUUUUCUACAAUCGUAAUUACUGCUUUGCUUACAUCUUCGACAAAUGCACAGUUUGGAUUUUUAGGCUCAAUAUUCUCUUCUGAUGAAGAAAUAGCUGUACCCGUCACAACACCAGCCCCUCCAGUACAUAGCGAUGAUGGUUGUGUUUGUAAGCCUUUUAAUCAAUGUCCAACUUAUGAAUCUGAUGAGGAUGGUGUCAAUCAAAUUGAUAUAAGGAAUAAUUUUGGCCCAUGUCCAAGCUAUUUAGAAGUUUGCUGUAAUGAAACUAGUAGCACAGGUCAAGGAGAGAAAAAUAACGGGAAUUCAGGCUACAACACAAAUUCCAACAAUAACUUUAAUACAAAUUCUGGAUCGUAUGGACAAGGAGAAAAUAAUAAUAAUAACAAUUAUAAUAACAAUAAUAAUAACAAUGAUAAUUAUAAUAAUAAUAAUAAUAAUAAUAAUAAUAAUAAUAAUAAUAAUGAUAAUUAUAAUAAUAAUAAUGAUAAUAAUAAUCAACAUACAAAUGGUGGUUACAGCACCUCUUCACCAAAUACUUAUGAAACUAACCGUGAUACACAAACUUGUGGAAUUUGGAAUAAAAAUGGAGUUGGUUUUAGAAUAACUAACGCUAUUAAUAGUGAAUCGCAAUAUGCAGAGUAUCCUUCAAUGAUAGCAAUAUUUAGAGAAGAAAAUCCAUUAUUUGGAGAAAAAAAAUUAUUUUAUCAUUGUGGAGGAUCAUUAAUCAAGCCAAAUGUUGUUUUAACAUCAGCUCAUUGUGUUAUUCAAAAAGAGCCAUCAUCAAUAGUAUUACGAGCAGGUGAAUGGGAUUUGCAAACUGAAAAAGAAAUUUAUAUGCAUCAAGAUCGUCAUGCACGCAAAAUUAUUACUCAUCCAAAAUAUUAUGCUGGAGGUCUUCACAACGAUAUAGCUCUAGUUUUCACUGACGAGGCAUUCUUACUACAAGAAACUGUCAAAACUAUAUGCUUACCAAAACAAAAUCAAAACUUUGAUCGUGCGUACUGUUAUUCUAGUGGUUGGGGUAAAGAAAUAUUUACUAACAACUAUACUAUUACUCAAACAACUGAUGCAGGAACAACAAAUAUUGUUGGUCAUUAUCAAGUAAGUAUUUUGAAGAAAGUAGAACUACCGAUUGUGGAAAAAAAUGCUUGUGAAGAUGCUCUUAGGAGUACAAGACUUGGACCAAAGUUCAGAUUGCAUGAAAGUUUCAUUUGUGCCGGUGGCGAAGAAGGAAAAGACACAUGCAAAGGUGAUGGAGGAAGUCCAUUGAUGUGUCCAUCUGAAGAAGAUUCUAAUCACCUGGUACAGGCUGGUAUAGUGGCCUGGGGAGUAGGAUGUGGCAUUUACAAGAUACCAGCUGCUUAUGUAAACGUUGCUCAUUUCAGAGAUUGGAUUGACGAUGAAAUAUCUGCUAACAGCUAUUUGACCUCAUCUGAUAAGGAAAUGUCAGUAGUGAAUCCAACAUCUCAGCUAGAAGUUAAUAAUGAACAAGGUUGUACGUGUAAACCUUUCAAUCAAUGUCCAACUUUUGUAUCUGAUGAAGAUGGGCUUAAUCAAAUUGAUAUUAGGAAUAAUUUUGGUCCAUGCCCGAGCUAUUUAGACGUUUGUUGCAAUGAAACAAGUCUAGGGCAACAUGAAAAAAAUACUAUUAUUACAGGAUCAAAUACUAACAAUAACUUAAAUUCAAAUUAUGAUGGAUUACAUGGAUCCAAUAAUAACUAUGGAAAUGGAGAAUACAAUAAUAGUAAUACAUUUUCAUACGGCCAAUCUACUUCCUCAACGAAUAAAUAUGAGAUUAUUAAUGAUCAAGAGCGAUGUGGUAAUUGGAAUAAAAAAGGAUUAGGAUUCAAAGUUGUUAAUGCUAUAAAUGGAGAAUCUCAAUACGCUGAAUUCCCUUCAAUGAUAGCAAUAUUUAGAGAGGAAAUUACAAAUUCUGGAGAAAAAAAUCUUUUUUAUAAAUGCGGAGGAUCAUUAAUAACACAAAGGGUUGUAUUAACGGCGGCUCAUUGUGUAUUUCAAAAAGAACCCUCAACAAUAGUUGCCAGAGCAGGUGAUUGGGAUUUACAAACUGAAAAAGAAAUUUAUUUACAUCAAAACCGUUACGCACGCAAAAUUGUCAUUCAUGAAAAUUAUUAUGCUCCAGGACUUCAUAAUGACAUAGCUUUAUUAUUCUUAGAUGAACCAUUCACUUUACAAGACACUGUUAAAACUAUGUGUUUACCAAAACAAAAUCAAAUAUUUGAUCAUUCAUUUUGUUUUUCAAGUGGAUGGGGAAAAGGAGUGUCUUUUAACAAUUAUACAAUAAUAAGAAAAACCAAGGAAGGCACAAUAAAUGAUAUUGGCAAAUAUCAAGUGAGUAUAUUAAAAAAAGUUGAGUUACCAAUUAUUCCAAGUGAUAUCUGCGAAGAAGCUUUACGUGCAACAAGACUGGGUCUUAAAUUUAAGCUACAUAAAAGUUUCAUUUGUGCCGGUGGUGAAAAAGGAGCAGAUACUUGCAGAGGUGAUGGCGGAAGUCCAUUAAUGUGUCCAUCUGAAGAAGAUCCAAAUUAUUUGGUACAAGCAGGAAUUGUUUCUUGGGGUAUAAGUUGUGGGGUAGACAAAGUACCCGCAGCUUAUGUGAAUGUAGCCCAUUUCCGAGAUUGGAUUGAUUCAAAAAUAAAAAUUAACAGUUAAUUCUAACUAUUUCCUAAACAAUAAAAAUAAGUUAAAAAUGUUUAAUAUAUAUAUAUAUAUUUAGAAUUACAUGUAUUUAUUUAAUUAAAUGAUCGCAAAUAUAGUUGUAAUAAUUAAAAUAGAUUUAAAAAAAAAGGUUGAUUAUUAUUAUCUGUCAUAAUCAUACAAUAAUUAUUUUUAAUAAAUUAAUUUUUUUAUGUAAUUCCUUCAAAAAAUUUCUAUUUAAAUAACUGUUAAUGAUAAUGAUUUUAUAUAAAAAAUUAAGAAUUUUA